GAGCCAGUCUCAAACCUAUCGUCUGCUCGUGAACAACUCAACCAUGAAGUUCCUGCUGGUCGCCGUCGCGGUUCUGUACGUCUGUUACGGCACGCCUACAACUACAACUACUACUACAACACCAGAUCCUUCCUUGAAGCAGGUGGACCCCGCCAUUAACCAAGUUUCAGACAAAUCCGAAUUGUAUGAUGGGAUUGAUCUCAGCACCCUGACCAAUCAGGAGCUCGAACAGUUGGCUAACGCCGAGGAUGAAAUAUUUGUUGGUGAACUUGAUGUAUGGGGCCUUAAGAGAAGUUUGGUCCACAAGUCUCAGAGACGAAAGCGCUGGAUCGGCCUGGCAUUUAGAGCUGCUCUCACCGUGGGUCGUACGAUAAUGAGAGGGGCGGCCAGGAGGGGCGUCACCAGGAGCGGUUCUCGACUCACGCGGCACUACCAGAAACCAGGUAGCUACAGAAGCGCACUAAGAGAUUUCAGUCGAAUGAAGACCCAGGGCACCAAACCCAUCACCGGAAACAACGGCCUACGUGGAUACACUGGGCGCAUGGGAAACCACAGAGUUACCGUUCGCAACCGAAGCAGCAACGGAAGUCCCACCCUCGAGAUCCGCUCACCUAAGGCAGGAGGAGGCACCACAGUCAGGAAGUUCAGAUACAACAAAAACUGAAAGGUUCAGAUGAAAAGAAAAGAAAAACCCGAGAAGUUCAGAUACAACAAAAACUGAAAAAUUAAAUUACAACGAAACGUGAGACGUUUAGUCAAAUAAAAAACUUCGACGUUUAGAUACAACAAAACGGAGACGUUUAGAUACAACAAAAAGAAGACGUUUAGAGAAACAAAAACUGAGAAGUUUAGAUUCAGCUAAAACCGAGGACGUUAAAUAUAUAGAUAGAUAGAGCGAGAAGAUUGGGUUCGAGAAAAACGGAGAGAAGUUUAUGUACAAUCAAAAUUGGGAGAGACACGUAGAAAGAAAAUGUUUAUUUUAUAGUUUUUCAGUUUGUUAUCUGUAUUUUUUCAGUUUAGCCGGUGUUGUAAACUCGGUGUCAAAACCUUGUAGCCAAUAGACGAUCUGGACUGAAAGCAAAACGUUUUUAUUCACAAGCCUUCAUUGUGAUUUCGUUUAUGAGAAAUGUAUUCAUUCAAAAGAAUGGAAGUAAGCAUUUUAUACUUGUUUAUAAUUAAAAUAGGAAGAGAACAACAACGAAUAUAUAUAUUGAAUAUUCCAAUAGUGAAAGACAUAAAAUAAAAAAUUAUAAAGUGA